AAAAAAAACACAACCCUAUUUUUGUUUCAAACGAAAAAGGUUGUCGUCUCUCUCCUUCUGCUCCAAUACGGAUGCUUCGCCAUUGCGAAGUUGCAGAGAAGAAUCAAGGAGAGGGUUCCCUUAAUAAAUGCUCUCUCUGUCUUUCUCCUCUUUUCCUUUCAUGUCUUCUCCAGUCCCCGACUAUCCUCCAGGGUUGUUGGUCUCUCAAACCCUAGUUUUCGAUUGCCUCUUUGAAUUUUCUCGCGCCACUCUUGUUUCGUCUCCGAUUCAGGUAACGAGGUUUUGGGUUUCCUGUGCGAAACAUGAGUGAAAAGAAGCUGUUUUUGUUUGGAUCCUUCACUGAAGACGAAACCAAGUCAUUACUCGGGCAGAAACCCGUCAAGGCUGCUCCAAAUCGCGGAGAGAAACAUGUGAAGAGCAUACAAUUCGGAUCCUUGAAUCUCAAUUCUGGGAAAUCUUCAAUAAGUACUAAUGGUGAAUUGAAUAAGGGCCUGGUUGAUGGGACAGUUCUCUCUCGCGGCGAUAAUGAUACAAAAGUGUCUAGCGAUUGCUCUUCAGGAGUACCUGAGCAUAUGAAAGAAAAUGGAACUGUAAAAGAGUCCUCCCAGAACAACGGCGUGUCGCUGAAGCAAGAUUCUAUUGAUUUUGACGAGUUGUCUGUAUCAGAUUCAGACGUUGAAAGCGAUUCUUUGUAUAAAGCUUUGAGCUUGAAAUUCCAUGUUCUGGACAGCGAAGAUUCGGCGGCUGAUGAUUCUUCAUCUUGGAACAUGGCACGAAAUAACAAGCUUAUGGGUCCUGCGGAGUCUGUUACUGCAGUUAAAUACUUCAUACCAAGAGGCUUAAUAAAUGCGGGAAAUUUGUGCUUUCUCAAUGCAACUCUGCAGGCUCUGCUCUCAUGUUCUCCUUUUGUUCAGCUCCUGCAGGAACUUCAACUUCAAGAUAUUCCAAAGUCUGGGUGUCCAACAUUAGCUGCAUUUUCCGAGUUCAUCUCUGAACUAGAAGCACCUAGUGGUACAAGCACAAGAAAUAAUGCAGCUGUGGUUGAAGCUGGUAGACCGUUUACACCUCUCAUGUUUGAGGGAGUGCUUAGAAAGUUUACCCCAGAUGUGCCCAACAACAUGUCCGGCAGGCCAAGGCAGGAAGAUGCUCAGGAGUUUUUGAGUUUUAUAAUUGACCAAAUGCAUGAUGAGUUGCUGAAGUUCAGGGGACAGCCUGCUAACAUUACUGGUGCCAACUCAUCAAUAGUUUCUUCUACCAACAAUGACGACGGCGAUGAAUGGGAAAUUGUUGGACCAAAAAACAGGCCAGCUGUGACAAGAACUCAAAGUUUUGUUCCUUCUGAGCUCAGUGAGAUAUUUGGAGGGCAGCUAAGAAGUGUGGUGAAAGCAAAAGGAAACAAAGAUUCUGCUACCGUACAGACAUACCUCUUACUUCACCUUGAUAUACAUCCUGAAGCAGUUUGUACAAUAGACGAUGCAUUGCGUUUGUUUUCUGCUCCAGAAGAUCUGGAGGGGUAUCGUGCCCCGGUAACUGGGAAGGCUGGUGUUGUGAGUGCUAGGAAAUCGAUAAAGAUACAGAAGCUAUCAAAGAUAAUGAUACUCCACCUAAUGCGUUUUAGUUAUGGGAGCCAAGGGAGCACAAAGCUGCACAAGCCCGUUCACUUUCCUCUUGAACUCUACUUAGGCCGCUACCUGCUUGUUUCUCCUUCUAACGAGGGUCUAAAAUACGAACUUGUCGCCACCAUAACCCACCAUGGGAGGGAUCCGUCAAAAGGGCACUACACUGCAGAUGCGAGGCGGCAGAAUGGCCAAUGGCUAAGGUUUGAUGAUGCCUCUGUUACAGCCAUAGGGACGAAACAAGUGUUGCACGACCAAGCUUACGUCCUCUUCUACAAGCAAGUGUAGAGAUUGAAAACCAACAUUAACCACAGCAGAUUCCACCCGAGGGAGACACCUGACAUCUCGCCUGUGGCUAUCUUUUUGUCUGGUAAUGGUCGGGAAGUUCCUCUUAUACAGAAAAAACGCUGUCUCUCUCCCUGAAUGAGAUGUUGUCGGUCUGAGUUUUGUUUGGUAAUGAUUCAUUACCUCGGUGAGUGACUUGCAGAUGGAGGGAGUAUAUGCAUAGGGGGCAAAAUAUUUAUGACAUAGUUUUUGGAUUUUACUUUGCUCACGACGGGGAAGUUUUGCGUUCCAUGAUUUUGUCUUAACAUGAUACUGGACGAGUUGUUUAUAGGAUUUUAGAAUACUGAACUCGGUACUUUGUACUGAUUGUUCGUGUUUUGAAAUGGAAUGAACUAGUUUUAGGUUUUA